AUGGAAAGAGCUAACAACACCAUGUUCUCUGGAUUCAUUCUCCUGGGAUUCUCCGAUAGGCCUCAUCUGGAAACAGCUCUCUUUGUGGUUAUCCUGACCGUCUACUUUUUGAGCUUUCUAGGCAAUGCCACCAUUAUAUUUUUGUCAAUUAUGGACCCCCAUCUCCAUACUCCUAUGUAUUUCUUCCUCUCCAACCUCUCAUUUAUGGAUCUUUGUUUGAAUACUUGUACCAUCCCUCAGACACUGGUCAACUUCAAGGGGAAGGACAAAAUCAUAACCUAUGGUGGCUGUGUGACCCAGCUCUUCAUUGCCUCAGGACUGGGGGGAGUAGAGUGUGUCCUCCUGUCUGUCAUGGCUUAUGACCGCUAUGUAGCUGUCUGCCGCCCACUCCACUACAUGGUGAUUAUGUAUCCCCAGCUUUGUUUACAGCUGGUUGUAACUGCUUGGCUUACAAGUUUUGGAAUUUCCGUGGUGCAGACAGCAUUGACCAUGACUCUUCCCCUCUGUGGUAAACACCGAGUAGACCAUUUCUUUUGUGAAGUUCCAGUGAUACUGAAACUGGCCUGCACCAACACCUCCAUCAAUGAGGCUGAACUCUUUGUUGUUGGUGCCCUCUUCUUGGUGGUGCCCCUCUCAUUCAUCUUACUGUCCUAUGGUCACAUUACCCACGCAGUCCUGAAGAUCAAGUCAGCACAGGGUAGGUGGAAAGCUUUUGGAACCUGUGGUUCUCACCUACUGGUAGUGAUCAUUUUCUUUGGCACACUCAUCUCCAUGUACCUACAGCCUCCCUCCAGUUAUUCUCAGGAUAUGAACAAAAGCAUUGCACUCUUCUAUACUUUUGUGACUCCCCUGCUGAAUCCCCUGAUUUACACUCUGAGGAACAAAGAAGUCAAAGGGGCACUAAGGAGACUAGUGGGGAGAACCAUAGACUCUAGAAAGAGUUAA